AUUCUUUGCACCCUCACAUUUCUAUUUUUUUCUCUCUCUGUCCAAUAAAUAAACAAAAAACCCUAAUAACUGAUUCCUUUUCUCGCUCUCUCUCUCUGAAAGAAACUCUCUUUCUCUAUAUCCACCGUUUGCCCUAAUUGGCGGCUCGAUGGCGGCGGCUCCACAACGUAACGAGAAUCCGUACGAAGACCGAAGUGGUUUUGGCAAGUUUCGAAAGCGUCCCAUGCGAAGGGUCUCAACGACGCCGUACGAUCGACCGCUAACUGCAAUUCGAAACCCUAGCCAUGCGACUCACGUGAAUAACAAUAACAAUUGGUUAUCGAAGCUAGUGGAUCCUGCACAGAGACUUAUUACUUCUAGCGCUCAUAAGCUUUUCGCUUCUGUUUUUCGAAAACGGUUACCUCCUCCUCCGCCUCCUCCGCCAGAGCAGCCGCCGGAGCCAGAGGCAAAUGGGGGAGCAUCUGAUAAACAGCAGGAAGCGGUUUGUAAAGAUCUACGUGGCAUAAAAGGAUCAGCAACAAAUGAUUUUGAUUGUCCAGCUAGUAGUUCUGACAAAGGUGGGCUUACUGAACUGGAGCGAAUUUUGAAGCAGAAGACAUUUACUAGGUCUGAGAUUGAUCAAUUGACAGCUUUACUGCAAUCAAGAACUGUUGAAAUACCUGUGGGGACUCGAGAGAAUAAAUAUGAAGUAAUCCCUUCAAAAGGGGUGUUAUCACAUGAUAGGAAGGAGGAGUUCCCAAAUACUCCAAAGAAAGAUAAUGGACUUGACAGCCACUGCGUUUCAACUCCAAUUGUCAACUCAAGUGUUCUUGAUGAGGAUGUUGCUUCACCUGCAGAGCUUGCAAAAGCUUACAUGGGUAGCAGGCCUUCAAAGAUAUCACCACUAGCGCUAGGUUUGCGCAGUCAGUCUAUAGGGGAGGAUGCAGUUACACAGAUUGAUCGACCAUUUGCUUCAAAGUCGCCAAUCAUGUCAAUUGUUCCAAGGUCUUCAAGUCGUGUUAUGCCUGUUGUAAAUGGUUUUGUAACACCAAGAUCUCGAGGCCGAUCUGCUAUAUACAGCAUGGCUAGAACACCAUAUUCCAGAGUUCACUCAGCCUCUACCCUCCAGGGUGCUGGAACUGAAAAUGAUAGUUUUGGUGCACCAUCAUCAUCAUCUCAAAGCAUCUGGGAGAAUAGCAGAUCUUCUGGAUCUAGACAAGGGGCUUUAAAGCGAAGGAGUUCAGUUUUGGAUAACGAUAUAGGAUCUGUUGGUCCUAUUCGCAGAAUUCGUCAAAAAUCUAACCUCUUACCUUCUUCUGGGACUCUUUCUGUACGUGGAACUGGCGUUGCUUCUAGUGGUGUUCGGCAUCCCUUAUCAGAGAAGCAAGUUUUAGAAAGUGAAGUAUCAAUAGGAAAUGGGGAUAAUACUAUUCGCAGUUCAGGUAUUACAUCCGUCCCCUCCAAGUCCAGUGAGAUGGCUUCAAAGAUAUUGCAGCAACUGAAUGUUUUAGUGUCAUCGAGGGAUAAAUCACCUACUAAGUUGUCACCAUCGAUGCUACGUGGUCCAGCUCUUAGAAGCCUGGAGAAUGUAGACACUUCAAAGUUCACUGAGGCUGUUCAAGACGAUAAUAAUAAGUUGGAUAUCAAGCAUGAUGGAUCAUUACCUGAUUCACGAGAUUCUAUGUUGCAAAAGCAAGAUAAGUUUGAGGAAAAUGGUCCAGUUAAGCUUGCUGCUGCUCAUGGCAAGUUAGCUUCUGCUUUAAAUGGCAUGGUAUCCACAAGUCUAGUGAAGAAUAAUGUAUCUGAUGGCAAAACAGUAUCUUCUGGGACUGAUCCUGUUGUGCAGUCUACUCCACAAAAGAAGCGCGCUUUCUAUAUGAGUGCACAUGAGGAUUUUCUGGAGCUUGAUGAUGAUGACCAAUCUGAGAAGACUGUAUCUGAUGCAUUGCCCGUCGAGAAAGAGAAGCUGGAUACCACUUUGGCUGAAAAUAAGACUAGUACUGCAAAAGCCAUUACAUUGGAGAAGCCUGCCACUUCUUUGCAAGCCAAAUCUCAUGCAAUUUCUAUGCGGAACCAAACACCUCCGGUACUUCCUGAUGGGUUUGUGGUUUCUGAAAAGGCCAGCACAUUUACAGACAAAGCUGCAUCUUUGCCUAGUCUUUCUGUCCAGCAUCCAAUGGAAAACAAGAAGCCAUCUGUAUCUGUAACAUCUGAUAGAGCUUCGUCAGCAAAGGAAUCAAAUGCUGCUCCUUCCUUAUUUCGCUUUGAGGAUAAAGUUUCCCCUAAGGAACCAAAUGGAUUUCCUUCAUCUAAUUUCAGUUCUAAAACAGAAAGCGCAGUGCCACAGUUGACAUUUACGUCUACUUCACCAGCUGUGACAAACUCCAUGAGCUUAAGAUUUGACACGUCUUCGGACCAUAAAUCAGGAAUUUCAAGCAGCUUUGUUUUUGGUGCUGGUGAUGCAACAAAGUCUCUGACAAAAGAACAAGAAUCAGAUAAACCUGCUGAUACGAACAAUUUGAAGGAUGGAGUUGUCUUCAAUUCAACUGAAACUGUGUCAUCUGCUGUAUCAAUGUUAUCACCAGCUGCCAGUGCAUUCUCAUUUGGCUUGGCCCACAAUGAUUCAAAUGUAAAUGGUUCUCUUGCAUCUAUCCCUUCAUUUUCUUCCCCUGGUCCAGCUCUAGCUUCUCAAAAUGAUUCUGGCCAAAAUAUUCUUAGCAGCUCAACCAAUCUUGCUCUUAACAGCAGUAGCAAUACCAAUAUUAUCAGUGCUACAACUGCAAACAUAAAUAGUGGCGACCUCUCUUUAUCAGCUUCAGCACCUUCCUUUGUGUCUGCACCGGUUUUGAAAUUUGGUGCCCCUGUGGUUCCAUCAACUUCGACCUCAUCGAUGUCACCAAUUACUGGCGUAGAAUCAACAGAAUCCAAGAAUGAAACAAGCUUUAGCAAUCUAACAAAUGUUACUUUUGGCAGCGCAUCCUCUCCAAUUACUAGCACUGGGGGCAGUCUGUUGAGUGUCCCAUCCUCGGCAAUGAAGAGUACAGGAAGUAGCUUAUUUUGUGUUGCGUCCUCUGCUGUUGCAAUUAGCGACACAUCCUCCGCUAUUAUGACCACAGGCAGUACUUUCAAUUUCAGUGCUGGAGCGAGUACUUCAGCUGCUGCUGUUACUACUGGUUUUAAUCCUUUUAGUGCCGCUAAUACUCAGACAUCUGCAGCUGGUGCUGUUUUUUCAACUUCUACUCAGAGCAUGCCCACUCAAUUUGGUUCAACUGCAUUAUCUCCUUUUGGGUUUAGUGGGAGUACGGCCUUUUCAUCUGGAAGUUCCUUGUUUAGUUCUUCAAGUUCGAGUGGUAAACUGUUCGGUUCGGGUACUACUUUUGGAUCAACCUCCUCUACUUCGGAGGCCAACCCUGUUAGCUCCACCACUACUACUACACCAGUGUUUGGUUCUAAUUGGCCAACAACUAAAUCUCCCACGUUUGGUUCCUCCAAUUCUGCAUCUUCCUCUACUGCGUUUGUGUUUGGAGCAUCCUCAGCUUCUAAUGCUGUAGCUAGCACCACAUCUGUGAUGUUUGGAUCAUCUCCUAGCGGUUCAUCUGGUUCUGUUUUUAACUUCGGCUCGGCUGCUUCAGCUACCCAAUUGCAGCCUGCAUUUGCUAGCCCAAGUUCCGCCUCCACCUUUGGUUCAUCUCCUGGUAAUAAUGAUCAAAUGAACAUGGAGGACAGCAUGGCUGAGGACACAGUUCAGGCAACGUCUACGGUUCCUGUAUUUGGUCAACAAUCAACUGCACCUCCAUCGUCUGGCUUUGUAUUUGGUUCUACAGCUCCAACAGGAGGUAAUCAAUUUGUCUCUACACCUACAGUUCCAGCAGCAACGAAUCCUUUUCAAUUUGGAGGCCAGUCAAAUCUGGCAGCACCACAGAACCAGCCUCCCUUUCAGGCUUCUGGUAGUCUAGAGUUUAAUGCUGGAGGGAGCUUCUCAUUGGGCACUAAUGGUGGUGACAAGUCCAAUAGAAAGUUUAUCAGAGUAAACAGAAAAACCCAGCGGAAGAAGUGAAAAUUAAGCAUCAAGAGAAGCUGCUUCUUUGGCUACAGGCUCCCGAUUGUUGCAUUGAAUACACAAAUAAUUAUAGUAUGAUGAGAGAUUUAACAGCUUGAACGCAAUGCUGUCAGUCACCUCAGAUUAUUUGGUGAUGAUACAGGUAAAUCCGCCUUUCUCAGGGCUCUGGAAAUGUGCUCUGAUUCUGUUUGCUAUUUCAGAUUUUCCUUUGGGACCAAUUUGAUCAUCACAAGGCGGAGAAAGGUUGUCACAAUUUUGUACCAGUUUUUCUUAGCAAAUCUAAGAGUAUUUGUGCUGUAUCAGUGGUAGCUUAUAGGAUCCUAUGGUUGGGCAAAUUUGCUAUUUAGCAUGUUCUCUGUACUUGUCAUAUGUAAUGUAACAUAAACAGGAAUUGAUGUGAAUUUGCUUAAGAAAACAUCUUUAUUGGUUGCAA